AUGUCCGACACCUGUAUUGUGUGCUUAGGAGACCUUGGCGAAAGCGCCAGCGAUCCUCGUGCCGUCGCCGCCGAGGCCGCGCCAAGACUUGACCUCAGGGCAGAGGGCAAGUCGGCGGACUCCUCCCUCAGGGUAGAAGGCGUGGAUGGCGGUGAGGACUCGGGUCAGAUCGCUCAGCUGCUCCCGUGUGGACAUAUCCUGCACAACAACUGUCUCAAACCUUGGGUUGAGCGAGCCAACAGCUGUCCGAUAUGUCGUCGGAGUUUCAAUGUCGUCGAGCUAAGUGACCGACCGGGAGGUCCCGUGAUAUCAUCCUAUGUCGUGCAGGAUCGAGUACAGGUGGCAGAAGUCGACCCCUCGAUGAUAAUCGAAUAUAUCGACGAUGACCUUACCGAUUCCCAACCCUGUCCGAUCUGUGGAGAUGCGGAUAAUGAAGAGCUGCUUCUUCUAUGUGAUGGGUGCGAUGCACCCUCACACACAUACUGUGUCGGCCUUGAUUCCAUUCCGUCGGGCCCCUGGUACUGCGCACGGUGUACCCAGCGUCGUCGCGGACAGUCCCCUGAGACCGCCGACCGGUCUUCGUUGACACAGGAGAGGCGGGGCCGUCGUACCAGGGCACAGCAACGCAGUCUGCAGAGCCGAAACCAGAUGAACUCCCUGCACUGGGCCCGUGUGUGGCAAUCUGUCUGGGACCAUCUCAACCUUGACUUGGACUUCCCCUUCGACGAUGACCGGGUUGCUGAACGCGCUCGACAACAGCAACGUCGAGAAGAGGCCAACCAGCGGGAGUUCCGAGCCUGGCAACGUCGCUUUGAAGUUGCAGAACGGCAAGGUGGCAGCAAUCGGUUCCGGGACACUGCCGCUUUGCUAGAUAUUGAGGCUCCUCGGCCAUCGCGGCCCCGCGUACCGCGUGAGCCCACACCUGAACCCGAAUCUCUCGAGGAGAUGAGGGCUUGGAACGCUUUCGAGCGUGCCCGGGAAAUUGAAAAUGAUCCCAGCGCAGCCCGGAAGCGCAAGGAGCCCACUUUGUCACCGUCUCCCGAGCCCACUGAACCAGAACGCAAGCUCAAACGGCCUCGGACACGAAGGGCUGAAGACCUGGCAGCUCGCGCCAUGCAGAAUGGCGAGUCAUCAAGGGCUGCUAGUGCGCACGCAACGGCGCGGAUCAAUGCUGAGAACUCGAGCGAGCCAAGUUUUCUCCAAUCGCUUCUGAAAGAAGUUGAAGAAUCGUCCAGCCCAAAUGGAGUCCAAUCUCAUGGUGCUUCAGGUCAAUCCUCGAUUGCCCCCACCGAUCAUCCAACGCCUGGACCUUCCUCCCCGUCCAUCUCUCCUGCUCCCUCCAACCAUUCCUCCCCACGAUUAUCAUCCGUCACACCGCCACCAAACCUUCGCAGCAGGCCAAUGUCCCCACUGCUACUCGGGUCGCCAACCGACCCAUCCUCUCCCCCCUUCUCACCAGACGUGUCGCCGGCUGCUUCUACUCGGAGUGCCCAGGAUGAGCCAUCAUCCCACAUUGUCACGGCCCGGCCGCAUCGCCGGAUCCCUCGCUCCUUGACUCGAUCGGCGGUCAUGCGGUCGGACGAUGGCUCGCCAAUCCGUCCCAACUUGUCUCUUACCGUCAAAUCCGAUGUCCAGAGAUUGGUGGGAACCGCACUGAAACCUUAUUAUCGCUCCAGGAUCAUAUCUAAAGACGAGUACACUGACAUCAACCGAAACAUAUCUCGGAUGCUGUAUGAGAGGGUCGCAGGUGUGGAAACUCUCGAGGCCGGUGCCCGAGCCACCUUAGAAGGCGUGGCCAAGGAGGAGGUUGAGAAAGCCGUUGAUGCGUUGAAGCAGCGGAAAGAAACGAAUGACCAUGUCGAUGAGAGCUCUUGA